AUGAUAAAGAAACAACAAUAUGAAAUGUUAGCACAAUUUCAAUCUCGUACUGCAAUAUUUAAUAGUGAUGAAUCUAUUAAAAUUCUUGAGCAAUUUCGAUGGAAUUGUUUGGAAGCAAUUAAUUAUGUACUGAACAAUGUCAAUACUACUAAAGAAAAAACAUCGAAUUUAGUUGAUAAUAUUAUUCAACCAUCUCCUCGUAUUGAUCAGCCACUCAUUCCAAAUGAAUGUCUAAAUGAAAUAGAUGGUAUUCGUCAUUUUGAACGGGUAUUUCAAGAUCGUCAUGAAAAUAUUCAUCGUUGGCCGAUAUGGUUCAAAUCAUCACUUGAAAAUGCUAUUCAUCAAUCACAUGGUCCAUUUGCUAUUUUUCUCAAUCAUGAUGGAUCUCCUUUUACUACAACAUUUUCUCGUCAAAUUCUUUGUUCACCAUCAAUUCUAAAUGUUUUUAUGAAAUAUAAAUGUAUUCUUUGGCCAUGGGAUAUUACCUAUCCAUUGAAUAAACAACGACUUCUUGAAAGAAGUGGACGUGCUCAACAAAUUUUUAUUAAAUGUUUUUCCUAUUUUGAUCAUAUUAAUAAUUAUCCUUUAUUAAUUUUACUUAGUCGCCAAAAUGAUCGAAUUGUAUUACUUGAUAUUGUUAAUGGAAAUAGUGAUUUAGAUCAAACAAGAGCAUGUCUCGAACGAACACUUAAUCCAAUUCAUGAACAAUCUAUUAUAUCCUACAAUGAAACAACAUCUCUUUCACCAGGUUGGAUUGGUGGUCGUACAGCAGGUAAUCUUCGGCGUCGUCCUUCUUUCAUAACAACAUUUCGUUUAAGUCGUUCUCUUCGAAGUGUUCAACGACCUCAUUAUAUUUCAUUCUAUAAACCGAAAGAAGAAACACCUGAAAUAAUCGUUACUAUGCAAGAAGUUAAACAAUGGUUAAAAAAUAAAAAAUCCAAUUCAUCAAAAUAUGUCCAAUGUCAUCAAACAAAUUCAUCAUGUAUUCAAAUUAAAUGUUUGCCAUCACAAAAAAUUGUAUCUCCUAUUCCAUCAUUAUUUGUGGCAACUAAAGAUCGAUCUCCAUUCGUAUAUAUGUCACCACGUCGAGCUGGAUGGAGUCCAAUGGUCAAUCGUUAA